AGGGCAAAGGUCAGCCUCUGGGUUGGAGAGCACCACCUUUGGGCCAUGGCCGCAUCUGGGGAACCGGGCCGGCAGUGGCAGGAGGAGGUGGCCGCGGUGGUAGUGGUGGGCUCCUGCAUGACCGACCUGGUCAGUCUUACUUCUCGUUUGCCAAAAACCGGAGAAACCAUCCAUGGACAUAAGUUUUUUAUUGGCUUUGGAGGGAAAGGUGCCAACCAGUGUGUCCAAGCUGCCAGGCUUGGAGCAAAGACAUCCAUGGUAUGCAAGGUUGGCAAAGAUUCUUUUGGCAAAGACUACAUAGAAAACUUAAAACAGAACGAUAUUUCUACAGAAUUUACAUAUCAGACUCAAGAUGCUGCUACGGGAACUGCGUCUAUAAUUGUCAAUAAUGAAGGCCAGAAUAUCAUCGUUAUAGUAGCUGGAGCAAAUUUACUUUUGAAUACUGAAGACCUGAGGGAAGCAGCCAGGACCAUUAGCAGAGCCAAAGUCAUGAUCUGCCAGUUAGAAAUAACUCCAGAAACGUCUUUGGAAGCCCUGACAAUGGCCCACGGCAAUGGAGUGAAAACAUUGUUCAAUCCAGCUCCUGCUGUUGCUGACCUGGACCCUCGCUUCUACACCCUCUCAGAUGUGUUCUGCUGCAAUGAAACUGAGGCUGAGAUCCUAACUGGCCUGGCGGUCAGCAGCCCUGCAGACGCCGGGCAGGCUGCACAGGUGCUUGUGGAAAGGGGCUGCCACGUGGUCAUCGUCACCUUAGGUGCUGAAGGAUGUGUGAUGCUGUCCCAGACAGAACCCGUGCCAAAGCACAUUCCCACCGAGAAAGUCAAGGCUGUGGAUACCACGGGUGCUGGUGACAGUUUUGUGGGGGCUUUGGCCUUCUACCUGGCUUACUACCCAAGUCUGUCCUUGGAAGAAAUGCUCAAGAGAUCCAAUUUCAUCGCGGCAGUCAGUGUCCGGGCUGCAGGAACACAGUCUUCUUAUCCAUACAAAAAAGACCUGCCACUUGAUCUGUUUUGAUUGCUACUAACCCUAAAAUAAAUGUACCUGGAAAUAAAACAUACUUGGGGGAGGGAGGUGGCCUCUCUUAGCUAGCAACUUACUAUCAAAUACCCUCUUCUCCUUUCUUUGCAAAUAUGUUCAUUUGUGAAGUCAUCCUCAGCCUUUACUCUUUUAUAAUAAUGAUUUCUUCACUUUUCAUGUAUUUGCAAGAGCCACCCAAAAUUAAGGAUGCCAUGACC